AUGAGAGUCGGGGACGGGGGGCAGACAGAAUAUUUCACGCUGGUAGGGGCUUGGAAGUGUUGCCUGCCUUGGUGCAGCGCACCCGAAGGAAAGUCGGUGCCUCCUGCUUACUCGCCUCCAGCCCCCCCUUUGGAGUCGCCUCCGAGAACUCGCCAACCGUCGCCGCAUCUACUCGACAUCCUGGAGGAGGAAAGCGAGUACCUCAUCGAGGAGGAAGACCAAGCGACCCUUCAGCCCCUAGGCGGCAUCCUCACCUAUAAGAAACGUAGAAAUGUACAGUCUCCCUCUCCCACGCUUUCUGUGAAAACCUCUUCGACUCGCAAGGGUCAACGCACCAGGUCCGUGACCAGCACAACCUCCAGCGAAACCUCCAGCGCGGCCUCCAGUGCACCAGUGCCUCCCAAGAUGCAGGCCGAGCAGGGAUCCAUCGGGGAUCUGCAGAACUUGUCAGCUUGUGAAAAUUUGAGCUUAUAG